AACUUGUAGCAACGUGUCGCAACAUAUACGCAGCAUAUAAACACGAAUCGUUGCAGAAACGGAUACGUUGUGAUCACUAAGCGAACUUGAAAAUGCACCCAUUGAUGCAAAUGAUGCAGUGCACGUGUUGUCAUAAGAUAUAGAGCAUUUGUUUAGUACACAUCGUUGAAUUUUUAUUUCAUCUUAAUUAAUAAUAAUGAGGAAGAAUAUAAAUACUCAUCUUAACGGAACAAACGUUGUUUUGGUGCCUUAUCAAGAAAAACACGUUAUAAAGUACCACGAAUGGAUGAAAAGCCCAACGCUGCAGUACUUGACAGGUUCGGAGCCGUUGACAUUGGAAGAGGAGUUUGAGAUGCAAAAGCGAUGGCUCGAGGACGAAGAUAAAUGUACCUUCAUCAUCCUGGAUAAAUUCAUCUUUUCAUCCACUAAGAGCGAAGUAGAUGCCAUGAUAGGAGACACAAACUUGUUUUUUAACGAUCCCCAAGUGCCACACGUCGCCGAAAUAGAAAUUAUGAUAGCUGAUGAGGCUAGUCGAGGCAAAAAGAGGGGCUGGGAGUCUGUUAUUCUUAUGAUGCGUUAUGGUAUUGAGACACUGAAUGUUAAAAAGUUCUGUGCCAGAAUCAAAUCGGACAAUGUAAUGAGCAUAAAAAUGUUUGAGAAACUUGGUUUUCGAGAGAAAAGACCAUUAUUGUACAAUUCGAUGGUGUACGGUUUUUUCUGCACAAGCGCCGAGUUUAUUCGGCAGAGUUAUAGCAAGAUGUCGAAGCCGAUACAACCUGUGGUCGAAGAAUCGAGAGACAUCACGGACACCAGAGGACCAGUAUUAAUUCGGAUACACAAAUUUUGCGAAAUGUUAGGUCUCGCAGACGAUGAUACCUCGAUGCAAUCGACCGACUACAAUCGGUCGCAGUUAAAGAGAUUUGCGAUCUACGGCUGCUUUCUCGCCGGGCCAAUAUUACAUGGAUGGUACAAAUGGCUAGACGCAUUCUACAGCGGAACGUCCACAGGGAUCGUAAUAAGAAAGCUCCUCGCGGAUCAAUUUAUCCUGACUCCGCCGUUACUUGUCGUGUUCUUCACAAGUAUGAGUUUGAUGGAAGCCAAGUCGGAUGUCCUCAGAGAGUGCAAAAUUAAGUUUCUGCAUACGUUUCAGACCUCGUGCGCGUACUGGCUGCCAGUGCAACUUGUGAACUUCAUGCUAAUUCCGCCGUCCUUACGAGUGACGUACGUUAGUAUCGCAGCCUUCUGCUGGGUCAAUAUAAUGUGUUAUUUAAAGAGUGCACCUGUCACUGAAAACGCAAGCAAAAAAUAAAAUAUUGAAAUUUCACACGUACCUGAAGAAAUAAUAAUAAAAUUUAUAAUGUAUGGUAAA